AUGCAGCGAUUAUACCCAGGAGAAGACAACACGUAUGUCAUACACACAGUCUGGAUAGCGGCACAUUCUCCAGCCCUGCUCCUUUCUGCAGCACGUGGAUGUUGUAACACAGUUUGACCUCUGACCUUUACAGCGGCUGAACACGGACACGCUGGCCGCCUCGGAGACGGGAACCUUCCGUCGUGUUUCAGCACCGGACAGCUCCCCACCACACGGUUCAUGUUGGAUAUGUACACAUUCUCAUACGUCAGCUUUCCGUCACCCUCCGCUGAAAACGCAUGCAUGCCCAUAUUUGGUGUUUCUGAACGUUUUCAGAUGAACGGUGCCUCGAGGUCCUUGAGUGAGACUCAGGCGUCUGGUUGUGUAACUGACCUCCGACCCUCGCAGAGGUUUAGAGCUGGGCGUUGGACGGAACAAGUGAAAAUAAAUCAUCUUUGAAGCCUUGUUGGAGACACGUUUUGUUUUUCCUUCUCUUUUUGUGUUUGUCAUCCAGCACUGGACAGCUCCCCUCCAUCCAGCAUCCAGAGGCCGCGUGAUGCAGUUAAUGGCGUGACGUCAGAUGUUGACAUUAACUCACUGUUUAAUUAAUGAUCAUGUUUGAAUUCAGGAUCCAUUCUUCUUCUUCUUCUUCUUCUUUUUUUUUUAACUUAUUCUUUUUUUUAUGACUUGGCUCUGGGUGUCUCAUUGACGCGGAAGAAGGAUGCACUCCAAUGGGACGACGGGGCGAUGACGCAGCCGCCCACCGCCCCCCUCCUCGUCUCCAACCCCCCCUCCUCCUCCUCUACGCCACCUACGUGACAAGUGAAAAAGGCAUGCCUUUCGGAUUCAUGAAUAAAAAACCGAGGGGAGUUAAGUUCACAGGACAGCAGGGGAAGAAGUUCUCCGCAGACGGAACACGUUUGGCGCUCUUCAAUGACCGAGAACACGUAGAGAGCUCCUGGAGAACUGAGCUGGAGAGGGCUGCGCACGGAGACCGACGAGGAGAGGCGCUUCACUGAGGGGGGAAACUGAGGAAGAGGAGAGAGGAAGGGCGAGGGAGAGUGACAGAGAGAGAGAGAGAGAGAGCGAGAGAGAGAGAGAGAGAGAGAGAGAGAGAGAGAGAGGCUGAGAUAGAGAUCCUAUCUCACUCUCCCAGUUGAGGUCUUCGGCGGAUCGCGUUCAGCAUCUCGCAGCUGGUAAGAGGAGCCACUUUUUUUUUUUUUUUCUUUUUUUACGCAGCGUAAAAGUGGGCUGCGUUUGGAGGGAAAAGUCGGGUGUGGAUGACUUAUUUUGCUUUUAAACUCACAGCAGGACAAUGUCUAGUAAAGCGACUUUAGCCUUACUCAUCUAUGGACUCAUAAUGCAUUACAGCGUCUACUGCUCACCUGUGGGGCUUAGCUUUCCAAGUGUUAGACUUGACAGUGAGGUUUAUGACGAGGAUGGAAACUCCUUACCCUCCCUGGAUUAUGACGGAGAGCAGGUGGAUGUGAGGAGCCCUCCGUCUGUCGCCGACGACGUCUUCUCUUUGUUUUACCCACCAGAGAAAAGAACGGAAAGGCAUGCAGACGGCAUGUUUAAUAAAGCCUACAGGAAAGCGCUGGGUCAGUUAUCAGCAAGGAAAUAUCUGCAUUCUCUGAUGGCAAAACGUGUAGGCGGGGGGAAAACACUGGAGGACAGCUCAGAGCCUUUGUCCAAGCGACACUCGGACGGCAUCUUCACAGACAGCUACAGCCGCUACCGAAAGCAAAUGGCGGUCAAGAAAUACCUGGCGGCAGUCCUUGGGAAAAGCCUUGAAGACAUAGGUUUGCACCAAAUCCUACAAGACAUAGACUUUGAUGCCCUCCCGGACGGGGAUGAGUUUGAGACUUUUAUGGGAGACUGGCUGAAACAGUUCUCUCCCGAAUACCCGGUGAGUUUCAGGCUCUUUCCCGAGGCCGUGUCCUCGCUGGGGGGCGUCUCAUGUCCCCUCCCUUUUUUUUCCUCUCACCUUGUGACUCUUGCUCCAAAAACACUCGAACCCAAUUCCUUCCCCUUUCUUCUUUCUUCUUCUUUCUUCUUCUUCCUCUUCUUCUUCUUCUUCUUCUUCUUCUUCUUCUUCUUCUUCUUCUUCUUCUUCCUCUUCUUCUUCUUCUUCUUCUUCCUCUACUACCUCAUUUGUGCUCCAGUCUCUCGAGAGUCUCACUCAUUUUUUUAUAUCCCAGCUAAGAGACUUUGCUCAGACCGAUAAAUCAUACAUAUCACCGUUGACUGAUAAAGACACAAAUCCAUCAGCGUCCUGUUUACGGACACUGUGAUAAUAUUUAAGAUUAUUUAAGCGGAUCUAGUUUGGCCUGGAUGAGAGCCCCCGCCCCCUUUGUUGGCCUUACAACCUUUCAAAAAAACUACAUCAGCUUUUUCAAAGCAAAAGAAAAAAUCCCAAAUCUGAGUUGAGGACCGGAGUACUUCUGAGGUCGUUUCUUGUCCUUUCUUCUUCCGCAGUGUUUACAGAGCGAGCUUUCACCUUUUUUUGACUCAUGUAAAGUGCCGAUCUUGUGUUCCUAUCGACUGGUUCCUGUGUGUUUGGAAACCUCUUAACUCUGCCGAAGGUUGUUUUUUUUUUUCUUUCUCAUGCCUCUCAUAUAAUAAGUAUCACUAGCAUCUGAAAGCACCAUCGAGCAAAGUUAAAAAAAAAAAAAAAAAACAACUAAAAAAAAGCAUUAAAAAAAAACAAACAAAAAAUGAUACUUGUUACAUGGUGAGUUACCCAUCGAUCGAUCUUGUUCCUCGUGAGAGACGUGACGAGGCAGUUUUGAACUCCUGUGUUUUGAACCUUUCUGGGUCUAUUGUGCUUCCCUCUUCUUCUGUCAUGUGAACCAAUGUAAAGAAAUCUACAGUAGAUUGCAUGAUUAAAGUAAUUGCACUAAGCCACCGCAUCCGUGCCGACGAUUCCAACUAGAUGGUUUUGCUUGCUUUCUCUGACUACUGCAAACAUACAUACCUGUCACCUCUGGAUGUUGUUUUGUGUUCUAUUCUCCCUCCCACUGACAAUUUUUUCUACACAAAAGCUGUAUGUCGAAAAAAAAAAAGAAAAAAAAGAAUUGACCUGAAUGUCUGAAAACCUCUCAGUCUGAUGUCAUGCUAUUUUUUUUUUUUUUUUUAGGCCAAAGUGUUUUGUAACUGUGAAAACUGUAUGUGAAGAACACAGCUGUGAUUGGACAAUUUUUUUAAAAAGUGGUCCACAGUCGACUGACUGACUUGAAAAAAUAACACAUUUAAAGACAAGGGAGGAUGCAAGAGGGAGGCACACAAAGAGAGAGAGGGGGUGAAAAAGGGAGCAGAUCUGAGCAGUAACAUGCAGAUUUCAGGCAAAAAAAAAAAAAAGAGAGA